GAAGUUUGUGCGUGAUCAGCUCCCUAUUAGCAGUCCUCUGUGUAAACUAGCACGGCAGAACACCACACGUCGGGCAACCCGCACAGAGAGGUCACACAUGCGAUGAGAGAUAAGCGAUUCAGUGAAAACAGCUCCAUGUGCUCUUUACCAAUUUUCCCGUGCAUAAGUUAAUAGAAAGAUCAAUUGUUAUUCAAACUACAACUGAUAAAGAUGGAAUCCAGUGAUUUAUUCAACUGCGCCAUCAGGGUGAAAGAAGAGCCUAGUGAUGGGUCGCUUACUGAACAAAAUAGUGGAAUGAUUGACGAGAAACCCGACCUUAAAAACUUUCAACUCUUACCAUUUCCGCAAGAAAAUUCAGCCCAGACGCUUCAAAAAUCUGAUUUCAAUCCUGGAAGUAGACUCGAUGACGACGUAGAAAUAGUUGUUGAAUGUGAAGAUGUCAAGCCCAAAGUAGAUUUACUAUUAGUUCAGAAAAUUGAGGAUUGUUCUCCAAAUCACUUGCGGCAUAUGAAAGAUACAGAUGACAAAACUCUAAACGCAAUUAAAGUGGAACUCAUGGAGGAGGUGAAACAAGAAAUACCAAGUGGCGCCGCGGAAGAACCGAAUGUGAAUUUCGACUCUAAACUCGUAAAAAGGGCUAACGGUGAACAGAGGCUAAAUACACACAGUAGCCGUUGUAGCAUCCACAGGUGUGACACAUGUGGAAAAACAUUUAAACACAAAGUUAAUCUCAAAACCCACAUCGAUGCGUUGCAUAAUAAAAUCUCUCAUCCUUGUGAUACGUGUGGAAAGACAUUCACAUGUAAGUAUUAUCUCAAGAACCACACGGAUUCGAUGCAUAACGGUGUCAAAUAUGUGUGUGAUUUAUGCCAAAAGAUAUUCACAACUAAGUAUUAUCUCAAAAACCACGUCGAUUCGGUGCAUAACGGUGUCCGAACGACGUGCGGCAUAUGCGCAAAGACCUUCAAGCAAAAAGCUCAUCUCAAAAAUCACGUCGAUUCGGUGCAUAAUAAAAUCUCUCAUCCUUGUGGUACCUGUGGAAAGACAUUCUCAAGUAAGUUUUAUCUCAGGGACCACGCCGAUUUGGUGCAUAAUGGUACCAAACAUAUAUGUGAUAUAUGCGGUAAAGCAUUUACAAGUAAAAGAAGUGUAAAAUUCCACAGAGAUACAAUACAUAAUGGUAUCACCCACGCAUGCGGUAUAUGCUCAAAGACAUUCAAGCAAAAAUAUAAUUUAAAAAUCCACAUCGAUACGGUGCAUAAUGGUCUCAUAUAUGCAUGCGGUAUAUGCUCAAAGACAUUCACGCAAAAACAUAAUUUAAAAAUCCACAUCGAUGCGAUGCAUAAUGGUCUCACAUAUGCAUGCGGUAUGUGCUCAAAGACAUUCAAGCAAAAACAUAAUUUAAUAAUUCACGUCGAUGCGGUGCAUAAUGGUCUCACAUAUGCAUGUGAUAUUUGCGAAAAGACAUUUAAAAGGAAGGAUAAUUUCAAAAAACACACGAAGGAAAAACAUAGUAGUGUCGAACACACAUGAGAUAUUUGGUGCAACAGUCACGCAUAUUAACUUGAUGAACGUAUUAUUGAUAAUAUUAUCAUAAGUUUCUCUUGUAUUAUCCCAAUAUGUAAAAACAAUAUUCAAGUUUUAAAACGAUCAAUAAAUUUUUGGAAGAUAA